CAACAGGGGUCAUCAGUGAUAAUGUGUGGUGAUGUGAAGUCUGCCGGAAAUGGCGGAGAAGAAGAACUUGACGUGACCCUCCUCUCCUUAAGGACUCUAGAUAGAACAUAACUCAGCUGCUGCUGGUACGUGCUCUCUCUACAGUUCGGUGCUGGGUGAAGGUUCGUGUCUGCCCAUGAACGGCAACAUGGCCGCUUCCUCACACCGGGUCAUGUUGGGUCCGUUGGUCGCUGCCAUCGACCAGGGAACGAGCUCCACCCGGUUUCUGGUGUUUAAUUCAAAGACAGCAGAGCUGCUCAGUCACCACCAGGUGGAAAUCAAACAGAGCUUUCCUAAAGAAGGAUGGGUGGAGGAGGACCCCAAAGAAAUCUUGCAGUCAGUGUACGAGUGCAUGGAGCGCACAUGUGAAAAGCUCACCCAGCUCAACAUAGACAUCUCCAACAUCAAAGCUAUUGGAGUGACCAACCAAAGAGAGACUACACUUGUUUGGGACAAAGAAACAGGAGAGCCUCUCUAUAACGCUAUUGUGUGGCUGGAUCUUCGAACUCAGUCAACAGUCGAACGUCUUAUAAACAAAACACCUGGCAGAAAUAAAAACCAUCUUAAGCAUAAAACAGGCCUCCCCAUCAGCACAUACUUCAGUGCUGUGAAGCUCCGCUGGCUGAUGGACAAUGUACGGGAGGUCCAUGAAGCUGUGGUGUCUCGACGCGCCAUGUUUGGCACUGUCGACUCCUGGCUCAUCUGGUGUUUAACUGGAGGUAAAUCGGGCGGAGUCCACUGCACUGAUGUGACCAACGCCAGCAGGACCAUGCUCUUCAACAUUCACACUCUGGACUGGGACCCAGAACUUUGCAGGUAUUUUGGCGUUCCCAUGGAGAUCUUGCCCAGAGUGAGGAGUUCUUCAGAAAUAUAUGGUCUCAUGAAAUCUGGAGCUCUGUCUGGUAUUCCUAUCUCAGGGUGUUUGGGGGAUCAGUCAGCAGCUCUUGUGGGACAGAUGUGUUUUCAGGACGGCCAGGCCAAAAACACGUACGGAACUGGCUGCUUUCUCCUGCGAAACACUGGUGCUAAGCCUGUAAUGUCUGACCACGGCCUUUUGACCACUGUGGCAUAUAAACUUGGUCGGGACAAGCCGGCGUGUUAUGCCUUAGAGGGUUCUGUAGCCAUCGCUGGGGCGGUGGUUCGUUGGCUACAGGACAAUCUGGGCAUCAUUGAAUCUUCUGAAGAGCUUGAGGAGUUGGCAGCUUCAGUUGGUACGUCCUACGGCUGCUACUUUGUUCCUGCAUUUUCAGGCCUUUAUGCACCGUACUGGGAGCCCAGUGCCAGAGGGAUCAUAUGUGGAUUAACUCAGUUCACUAACAAAAGACAUCUUGCGUUUGCUGCGUUGGAGGCCGUGUGUUUUCAGACGCGAGAAAUACUGGACGCCAUGAAUCAGGACAGUGGUAUCCCCUUAACGCAGCUUCAGGUGGAUGGAGGAAUGACGUCCAACAGGCUGCUGAUGCAGCUGCAGGCCGACAUUCUCUGCAUUCCUGUUGUGAAGCCGUCCAUGCCUGAGACCACAGCGCUCGGAGCAGCGAUGGCAGCUGGAGCAGCAGAAGGAGUCAGUGUGUGGAGUCUAAGUCCAGAGGACCUGAGCGAAGUGACAUCGGAGAAGUUUGAGCCUCAGAUUAACCCUGAAGAGAGUGAACUGCGUUAUGCUAGGUGGAAAAAAGCCGUUCAGAAAUCCAUGAACUGGGAGACGACAGAGCCUGUUGGGAAUUUAAAUGGUGAACCCAGCAUCUUCUGCAGCGUCCCUCUGGGAUUUUACAUAAUCGGCAGCAUGAUGAUGUUGAUUGGUGCAAAAUACAUCACAGGUCACAACUGAGGGUGUUGAAGCAACCUGGGAAACUGGAAUCAAACUGGACCAUCAGAAAACACGAAGCACUUACUGACCUUUAUCAAUUCUUUAUAGUCUUGUUUUUUUUUUUUUUUGCUUAUGACAUUUCAUUGGAGAUUGUUUUUAACAGGUGUGCAUGGAUUUUUUUCUCUUCAUGGUUCAUUACGUGUAUUUACUGUUUUGUUAACUGAUUACAUUAGUUGUACAAAAGAGUAGUUUUUUAAAAACCUUUUUCUUCUAACGUUGUUGUGAUGCAUCAUGGUUUCGGCUUUUGUUGUGUAAACUGUGUACUAACAAAAUUCUGAAUUUGUUUUUCUAACCAUUUGGCAUUGUUACAUAAAACAAGGGAAGGAAUGAAAACGUAACCAUGAAUCGACAGUGUGGUCUGGUAAAGGUGAAUAUGUGGAUUGUAUCAUCAUGUGCAAUGAAUGGCAGCAGAUUUAAACACCGGCAGUGUUCACACUGUGUGUGAUGUAAAAAAAAAAAAAAAGAAAGAAGAUUAAUUUGAUGUUGAUUUAUUUAUUUAAGUGUCAUGAGCUUCUGCUCUCAAAGAAGGUAAAAUCAGACAGAUUUGUUUUUCUUUUUUUUUGCUCUUUAAGUCCAUCUUUGCACAUAAGUGAUGAGAGGAUUGGUGCUAUUGGAAUGUUUGUUUUUUUUUUAAAUAAAAUAUUGAAGAUCAUGUCCCUCUGUAUGUUAGUGUCAGUAACAUGUAGUCAUAAGACUCAGCCUCAGUGAAGUACAUGAGGCUGGGGCAUGACUAUUGGUCUGUUGCCCAACAUCUGUCGCAAUUGCACUCAACUGAUCGGGAACAGAAACAAAGAUGGUCCUUCCACUUGAACUGGUGGUUUGUGUAUGUAAAUGAUCAGAUACACAGGUGACGGGAGACUGAGAACUGGGUGUGUCUCAUGUCCACGCUGUGAGGAGGGUGAAACAAAGAAUAAAUGUUUUUAAAGGAA